AUGCCUGCCUGUACCCUGUACUUUGCGCUGGCCACGGUCUUCUACAGAUGGCUUUUUCUGUAUGUUUACGAGCCUGAGUUCGAUUGCGCGGGCAGCUUCUGGUAUGACCUCUUCGACUGCUCUGUUUUUGGUCUUUUCUGCAGCAACGUGACGCUCAUGGCCCUUGCGACCUUCACAG